GCUUCGAACUUCAUCCGAUCUAAAAUUUUCGUCAUUGGCACUUGCACGAAAACCGUACACUAGCCUUUUAAUGAAUAUCUUUGCUGGCUCACAUCAAUGCAAGGGUCAGCAGUUUUCCUCGAGCAUCCCAUUAUCAGUCGCUGAUAUGGGUAGACAUGGAAGCAUUGGAAUUAACCCUUCAACUUGUGGAUUUGUGCACCAUAGCUUGCAGGAACGAUACAAUAUAUGGAUAACCAAGGAAUGA